AUGGUUCAAGCUGGAGAAAAGAGACUAUUGCAGCUGCAUGAGUUGGAAGAAUUUCGCUAUCAUGCUUAUGAAAACGCGAAAAUGUAUAAGGAGCGAACUAAGAGAAUUCAUGACAAGCACAUCCAAUCUCGUGACUUUGAUCCUAGGCAGUUAGUCUUGCUGUAUAACUCUAGGCUGAAAAUGUUUGGUGGAAAGUUGAAGAGUAAGUGGUCUGGGCCAUUCGAGGUAGUUCGUGUGACCGCACAUGGAGCGGUUGAGCUAAAGAAACCCAACUCGGAUGAGACAUUCCUGGUCACGUUUGUUCAUGUUGCAGGAAUAAGGAAGGAGGAGGACCACAAAACAAGCAAGAAUGAGUUGAAAUUCGUUCCAGGUUUGAUAUUAGCACAGCCGUCUGAUAGAGUGUUACCAUCUCCUGAGGAUGCCCUAGAUAUUUCAAAUGUCAAGGCACUAGAGUUGAGCAAGAAGUAG